UCAAAAGAUUUUGCCUCUCUUUCUUUCCCUGUGAGAAUUAGCUUUUGAAAAUAUUGCCUUGUAGAAACAAGGAUCAGUGGUAAAGCUUCAGGGGAUAAUAUGAUAAUAACUCUUCCAGAAGUGAAUUUCCCUUCCUAGGGGGGCUGAGGCUGGUUCUCUGAGAAUGGUGUAUACAUCCCAGUGGCUGGAGAGGAGGAAGCCCAUUGCCCAGCUGCUUUGUCUUCUGUGAAGGCGCAGCCAUGUCUGUGAUGAUAGCAAGGAAGAAAGUGACACGGAAAUGGGAGAAGCUGCCAGGAAGGAACACAUUUUGUUGCGAUGGGCGCAUCAUGAUGGCCCGACAGAAGGGCAUUUUCUACUUGACCCUCUUCCUUAUUGUGGGAACCUGUGCCCUCUUCUUUGCUUUUGAGUGUCGCUACCUUGCUGUCCAUCUGUCCCCAGUGAUCCCUGUCUUUGCAGCCAUCCUCUUCUUGUUUGCAAUGGCUACACUCCUCCGGACAAGUUUCAGUGACCCAGGGGUGAUUCCACGAGCCCUACCAGAUGAAGCAGCUUUUAUUGAGAUGGAGAUUGAGGCGACCAAUGGAACGGUACCUCCCGGCCAGCGUCCACCUCCACGCAUUAAGAACUUCCAGAUCAAUAACCAGAUAGUGAAGCUGAAAUACUGCUACACCUGCAAGAUCUUCCGUCCACCCCGUGCCUCACACUGCAGUAUCUGUGACAACUGUGUGGAGCGGUUUGACCAUCAUUGCCCCUGGGUGGGGAACUGUGUGGGGAAGAGGAACUACCGUUACUUCUACCUCUUCAUCCUUUCCUUGUCUCUUCUCACCAUCUACAUUUUCUCCUUUAACAUUGUCUACGUUGCCCUGAAAUCCUUGAACAUUGGAUUUUUGAACACUCUAAAAGAAACUCCAGGAACAGCUCUGGAGGUUUUGAUCUGCUUCUUCACACUUUGGUCUGUGGUGGGUUUAACUGGCUUCCACACUUUCCUGGUAGCACUGAACCAGACAACAAAUGAAGAUAUCAAAGGUUCCUGGACUGGGAAAAAUCGUGUGCAGAAUCCCUAUAGUCAUGGAAACAUUGUGAAGAAUUGCUGUGAGGUUCUUUGUGGGCCUUUGCCUCCCAGCGUCUUAGACAGACGGGGCGUCUUGCCACAGGACAGUGCCAUACAAGACAGCAAUGCUGGGCAGGGCUCCACCACACAAGCUGAUAGGAAUCCUGAAGCCAAAGCCCAGGAAGCCAGUGGUGCCUCAGAGGGUGACAGCGCCCUCCCAGAGGAGAGUUUGCUCUCUGUGCCAGCAUGCAACAUGCCACCUGCUGCUGCGGAACCGUCUGUUCCAUCCUUGGAUAAUGAACGGGCAACGCAUUAGCCUCUGAAAUGGACACAAGCUCUGCCUUUGUUUGGCAUUCUUCUUGUGAAGUUGCAGAGUGGACAAGGUGGGAACAGCUGGCCGGACAAUGGCCAUGUGGUUCCCUGUGGCUGUUCGUUUAACGGUGGUUGUGGCCUGUGUCUACAUACUGGAGGGGUGCCAGCACUCCCUUUUCCUAUGGAUGCUGAGCGCUUCUUGGGCUGCUGAAAAGACUCUUCAUUGAGAGGCGGUUACUGCUGGUUGAGUUAGCCCCCUGUCACCUGCAUUUCCUCUCUAAUAUUAUUAAGUGCAUCUCCAGCCACGACUCAGACAUCCCCAACGCAUGAAAUCUGCUGGGAAGAAGAUGGAGCUGAGGGCAGUGUUCUGUGCCAUGUUUCUGCCUUUGACUACAGUAUUCUAUUUGCCUGAACUUGGCGGCCAGUGGAACCAGGUAUCUGAAGAUACCUAUAGCCAACCACAUAUUUAUCAAACAGUGCCAUGUGGUAUCUGGGAGCCCAAAGUGACCCGAAAUCCUGAAAUAUGCGGUCAAGGGAGUUCCAGAUCCUAUGUUGCUCCAGACUCCCUUUGUUAAGUAUUGGAACUCUGUUGUGAGGCGCCACUUUCCUCUCUCUUCCCUUUCACCCUAAUCAGUAAGCCUUUUUGAGCAUCUCUGAGCCCUUGCUUCCUGCCUCCCUCCAUUUUUUACAGCCUUAGUUGCUUGAAUUGGAUAUUAGCAAUGAUUGGCUCUUCUUGACUAUCUCUUCUUGAGGAGUGGAGCAUAAGGGUAGCAAGGGGAUAAGGGAGCAGCAUAACUGAUUGCACUUAGCUAGAAAGGCAAACCCUACACAAGAAAUAGGAGAUUGAGACUGAUUCUGUGACUUCUUUGCAACUCUCCAGUCUUGCAGUGCCCUGAGCUCAGUUGACCCAGUUGUGAGUGUGCUUUUUGGUAGUCUCUGAGUAAAUGGUAACUGGUUUGUCUAGUCCAUCUUGUGUUUCUCAGCCCCCUCCCUCUAACGAGGCGGAGGGGAUUGACAGGGAAGAUAGCUGGCCUUUGGAGCCAUUUCAGGCAAAUUCAUUCAGCGCCAUAUGAUUUCAUUGUAAAUGUGCCAGUCCCACUGAAGGUGGGAAAUCUAUUUUUAUGCUCCCUUGUAAAAACAAUAACAUGCCUUUCUUGCAUAUGAAAAAUUGAUGUGUGUGGAAGAAGACUAGCUGGAACCCUUCUCCCUGACAUACUCUCUUCGUGCAGAGUGCGUGGCAGAAGGGCAAUAAAAACAGAUACUGUGUAAUUCCACCACUGAUUUGGAUGUCUCCCAAACGCAGAGGGCCUGGAGUUGAGAACAGAGCAGGCCUCUUGAAUUUACAGCUCACCAGGUGGUUUGUACUUCAUCUCCCAGAAUUCCCGAUCACUGGACAAACUGGCUAGGGCUUCUGGGAGUUGGAGGCCCAAACACCUGGAGGGUCGCAUGUUGAGGAGGCCUGGAAUAGAGAAUGGCUGAUCAUCUAUUUUUGUGGAACCAUUUUUCAAGUAUGGAGAUAAUCAGUGAAGGGUCUACUGAGUCUCUCUAUUCUUACUUACAUAGCCAACUCUCGCUGGGCUAGCUGAACUCUAAAACGUUCUGGCAAGGCUCUCGCUGUGUCUCUGGAUAGCAAGAUGCUUUGGCUGCAGAGAGAGAGUGGCAGGAAGCGACAGGUGCCCAUCCAGCACCCUUUGUUAGGGCUGCCCUCUUGCCUGAAGCAAGGUUGGAGAUUGCCACAACUUUCUUACUGGUAACUGAAUCUCAAUAGUGUUGCCACCAUCAUGUUUAGGAUCUAUUUUAUGAUGUAUUGUGUCAAAUUUGUCUGGGGACCAGAUGAUCCUGAGGUUUUAAUGUGCUCCAGUAUCAGCAAUGAAGGCAUUGAGUUUUGUUUGAAGAGUGUUUUUUUAUGUCUGUAUGUCUGUGUGUGUAUGUGCUGCCUUGGCACCAGUGUGCCUCUGCCGCUUGGUGUUGACUCUGUACCACAGCUCCACUUGGCUGUCCUCUCACCAGGUGUGGUUCACUAUUUACUUUAACUUCCUCUCUUGUAAUAAAAGGCAGCCUGCCUACACAAAUUGAA